GAGCCAGCAGCAGUGGACCUGAAAUUUUUAAAUGUGCCGCAACGUUUGAUUUUUCGGCCGCAGAGAUGAGAAAGAUGUCGGCCAGGCACCAGCCGUCGGUGCUCGAGCUAUGCAACAUCUUCCACACCGGUCAGGUGGAAAGCGGGGGUUGCUUGAAAAGACUGAGUGGCAGGGUGCGCAGCGGACUGGUACUCAAGGACGUCUCCUUCGUCGUGCACUCCGGAGAACUGCUCGCCGUGCUUGGGUCAAAAGGGAGUGGAAAACGCGCGUUGCUGGAUGUCAUCUCUGGCAGAGCCGAGGGUGCCACUAGAGGACAAGUGCUUCUAAACGGCACGCCACUCGACGCUUCAGAUUUCCAGAAGUGCGGCGCCUACGUUGGAAAACGGAACGACCUUUUGACAGGUCUGACCACGGAACAAACGUUGCUAUACGCGGCCGCGCUUGAAUUGGGCUCCAAGGUGUCCAAUUACGUGCGCCGAGCUCGCGUGAAGCAGGUUUUGGCGGACUUGGCGCUCACCCACGUCGCGUACCGCGGUGUCGACAGCCUCGACAACAGCGAGUACCGCCGACUUGUAAUCGGUGUGCAGAUCAUCAAAGACCCGAUUCUUCUUCUGCUCGACGAACCCACCGCCGGCCUGUCGCCGCUUCACGCUUACUUGGUCCUUUCGAUGCUGGCAAAUCACGCGCGCAAUUGCGGCCGCAUUGUCAUUUUAUCGAUGGAACGACCCCGCUCGGACGUCUUCCCCUUCCUCGACCGAGUGGCCAUCCUGUGCCUGGGAGACGUCGUCUACGCCGGCCGAACGACCUUGCUGCUCGACUACUUUCAGCAGAUCGGCUUUCCGUGUUCCGAGCUGGAGAAUCCCCUCAUGUACUAUUUGUGUCUUUCGACUGUGGACCGGCGCUCUCGGGAUCUGUUUAUGGACUCGACCCAGCAAAUUGCUUCUCUUGUUGAGAAAUUCAAAAUCCAAGGGAGCGCUUACUCUCAUGACAUAGCUGGUGUGCCUCUGUCCCCGGAGAGAGGCCACAAACUGCCUCUGUGUGUUCUGGGGCGGCCGGGAGCACUGAAAAAAUUCUGGGCUCUCUUCUGUCGCCAGACGGCAACUACGUUCAAUCUUCGACUCUCGGGACUGAGGUCUUUGUUCUUGCAGCUGUUUCUGCUGCCUAUUGUAUGCGCCUCCACAAUGCAGAGCCUCUCGACUUUGCUGGACUACCAGCGCUCCUACUCGAGCGUUAGCGGAUUAUGCUUCAUAAUAUUGGCCAUUUCGUACUACAGCGCGUCGCUGGUCACCUCGCUCCUCUAUCCCGAGCUGCGAACCCGCUUCUACCAAGAAAAAAGGGAUGGAUUGUGUUCCGGUUCACAGGUCGUCAUUUCGAGCACUCUGCUCGGCUUGCCGCUGAGCGCCGCAUCUGCCGCCCUCUCUGCCGGAUUAAUCAUCUGGUUGACAGGCAACCAUUACGAUAACUGGCUAGUGCUGUUUGGAGCGAUCUUGGCUACCGUGCUGGCGGUCGAGCAGCAAACCAAGGCGAUUCUCAUCUAUUUGCAGGAUAGCUUAACAGCCUUUCUCUGCACCUCGCUUAUCUUCGCCAUGGCCUUGAUACUCUCUUCCGGAACACUAAGGGCUCAAGGUGGCAUGCCGGGGUGGCUGCAGUUUUUGACGACCGUCGCGCAACCUCAUUACACUUCAACGGCCCUCCAUCAGGCACUGUUGGCAGACAGCAUAGCGGCGCCGCACAACGCUACCCUCGCCUGUCCCGUUUUCAAUAGUCCAGAGUGCAGAUUCAAGGACGGAAUGGAUUUUUAUACUGAGAGAUUAGGCCCUGAUAUUGGGUACUCGCAGGCGGUGGCCUUUUUGUUCCCUCUCGCCGGAUUUAUAUUCAAUUUAAUUUUAUAUUCAUUGCCACUGCCAGAAUACAUUAAGCAGAAGCAACGCGAAUAGAAUGAAGAGGAAGAUGAAGAGGUCCUUUAUCGCGCACUCCCGAACCUGAGAGGCAGUAUUAGUGAACGAAUGAUAUUAAGGAUGUUAAGGAUGACAAAUUUCUAAUUUUAUUGAUAUGUAAUAUGUAUUUAUUUCUAUGGACGGAUGUACUCGUCUGAGUUAAUACUUUGUGGAAACCGACCAUGAUUAUGAACAUGAUGAUAUUUUAUUUCGCAAUAAAUUGACAUUAUACGUAACACUA